UAGCGAAGAAGAAGGAUUUGCAGGAUUUUUAAAAUUUAGAAAGAACAAAAUCACAAUGUUUCUUGUUCAAAAUCCACCGUCGGGCCCUUCGACACCCCGAGAGCAAUUUGUAAACGACGUAGGCCAUGCACAUCGAUACAAAGCGAAUAUUGAAGGCAGUAUGAAGAUUUUAAAUCGCAUGUAAGUUGACCUCUAUUUUCCAAAUAGUUGUGAAAAUGAUGAAUUUUUGAAGUUUGUACUGCGCUCACAGACGAACAGCGUAGUUUAAAUCGCGUUUCUUUUAUAGAGAAACUGAUUCUGAGAUUAUGUGCUGUCGUUUUAAUCCUGAAGGGAAUCUACUUGCUGUUGGUUUAGUCAAUGGAGUUACAAAAGUAUGAUAUUUUCAAUGUUAUUAUUUUGUAGGAUAUUAUUAAUAUUUCGAAGUGUCCAUACAGCCGGCUAUUUAGUAAAUUGUCGGCUAUAUAGUAAACUGCCGGCUAUACAGUAGUGUUUAGUUGAAUUUUUAUAAGAUAAAUGGAUCCCAACGUUACCCCAAACCCCUCUCUAACCCUAACCUCUCUCUAACCCUAACCUUAACCUUUUGAGAGUUUAUAGAAAAGGUGGGAAAAAAUGCUAAGUUAGACAAAACACAACCCGACCCAGACCAUGUUUCAUUUUACGCAUGCAGCGCCUUUACCAUAUACGCUAACAGCAAGCUCGGUAAAUCUUAACUUAGUCUUGAUGAAUGAUCCAGAAUUCUGUAAGUCGUAGCCACUGUAUGCAGAUUGAUGAAGCUCAGAUUUCAUUUGAUGUUUUUAGAUCUACACAGUUGAACCACUGUCAUGUGUGUAUGUAUUACCAGCAGAAGAUACUGGCGGCCAGCCAUUGCCAGUGACGUGUCUCCGAUGGCGACCAAAUAUCGAGAAUCAAAACUUCAAGAAUAUCUUGUUAGCCACAUGUAAAAUAGAUUACUUUCCAAAUGUCAUUAAAUUGCCGAAUUUUUUCCCUGUCAACAGGGAUUGUAUUUCAUUAAACUUUCUUCAUUUCUGUAUGUUAGAUGCAAGUGGUUCUGUGAAGAUUUGGCAUGUUUCUACUAUGGAUUGCCUUAGUUCAACCCAGGAGGGUGGUCGACAGGUUCUGGCCUGUGCAUUCAAUGCCUCAGCAUUGCAAUACAUCACGGCAGGAUCUGAUACGACCAUUAAUCUUUAUGAUGCAACAACCAGACAGAAGUUGCUCAGUUUGGAACCAAGGUAAGAUAGUUGUACUGAUGGUGGUGGUGGUAAUGAUGAUAAUGGUGGUGAUAUAAUGAUGAGGAUGAUGAUGAAUAAGAUGAUAAUGGUGAUGAUGGUGAAUGAGGAUGAGGAUGCUAGUGGUGGUGAUGAUAAUGAUGAUGAUUGUGGUGAUGAUGAUGGUGGUAAUGAUGAUGGUGAUGAGGAUGAUGGUGGUGAUGAUGGUAGUAAUGAUAAUGAUGCUGGUUGUGAUGAUGAUUGUGGUGAUAAUGGUGGUAAUGAUGGUGGUGAUGGUGACAAUGGAGAUGAUGGGGAUGGUGGUGAUGAUGGUGAUGAUGAUGAUGAUGGUGGUGAUUGAUGGUGGUGCUGGUGACAAUGGAGAUGAUGGGGAUGGUAGUGAGGAUGGUGAUGAUGGUGAUGAUGAUAAUGGUGGUGAUAAUGAUGGUGGUGGUGUGAUGGUAGUGGUGUGAUGAUGGAUGUGAUAAUGGUGGUACAAUGUUAGUGAUAAUAAUCCUGAUCUAUAUGACAAAAGAUUAUUUUGGUUAAAUGGUUUCAGCACGUCUUUCCUUGUAAUGGAUGGUCAUAUGAUGAGGAUAUUCUCUGUGAUGUAUUUACCAAAUGAUGAUCAUGUUUUCCUAUCAGGUGGUUGGGAUGAUACACUGCAGGUCAGAACUAUUACUCCCAUUCUGUUUUACUGCUUUUCUUAACUCAGUAAGUUGCAUUGUGCCCAAUGCGUCCUACUUAAUCUUAAGAUUCCUAAUGCCAAAAAGUUUCCCUUGAUAAGUAAAAUCAUCUGGAAAUUAGAGAGAGCAAAAUAAGUAGCCUAUAUGUAUAUACCAUUCUAAAUUUUGUAAAAGUUUAUUUGUCAUCAUUUUUCCUAUGUUUGUAGUGGUGGGACAGUCGAGUGGAUUCAAGACAUUCCAUUAAGUAUGUAUAACAUUUAUCUUAUAAGAUAAUAAUUUUGACUUCCGAAACGCAUUACGAUUAGCAUUUCUACAGCACAAAUUUACAUGUGAGUACAUGAUCAAAUGCGCUCUAACAUCAGGUAUUACGCUUACCUAAUUAUAUACUUCGCCUAGACUAUUUUAUCUUUACAACAAUUGUGAUAUUAUGCUUGUGAUGUUACUCUGAGUGUAUAUCCACACCGGGCAAGCUUGAAAAAUAUACCUGGCCACGGUGGGAAUCGAACCUACGACCUUUGGAAUACUAGCCCAAUGCUCUGCCAACUGACUACGCGGUUAGUUGGCAGAGCAUUGGGCUAGUAUUCCAAAGGUCGUAGGUUCGAUACCCACCGUGGUCAGGCAUAUUUUUCAAGCUUGCCCGGUGUGGAUAUACACUCAGAGUAACAUCACAAACAUCAUAUUCACCUGAGUAUAUCACACCAACACAGAAAAAAAUUGUGAUAUUGCUUUCUUAACUGUGUUUAUCUUAACCCACCCUGUCAACUUUCCCUGUGGGAGGAAACCGGAGCACCCGGAGAAGACCCACGACUUUCGGUAUAGCGUUGACUGAUUCUUUUCACAUGAGUCGGUAGUGAGAAUCGAACCCACGAUCUCAGAGGUGAAGGGCGCUUGCUCUGACAUCAAUAAUUCGUGAAGAAAACACAAAAGAAAUCAUGAGCGUGAAGGAGUUUGUACAUAUAUCUGAUUGUUCUCAUCGAGACGUUUCACAAGCUAUAUAUAAAGCAUUCACGUCCGUGUUGUAUCAGACAUAGGGGGCCUACAACCUCUCGUCUUCGGCUGGAGUUUGUAUAUCUGAUACAACACGGCGCCGCUCAUGCUUUAUCUAUAUGACUUAAAAAUUCUAUAAUCAGGGCUUUCGGAAUUAUUCUGCGCAGUAGGCGGGUUGAUAAAGUAGGCGUUUGUGGGGGAGUGGUCUAGGGGGGGGGGGUCUAAAUUAACUAGGUAUAUUGAUUAGAUAGCAACAGCAACAAAACUGAGCUACGUAACAAAAUUAUAAUGUAACCUCAUGAUUUAAGAUGGCAAAUGAGUUUUACGAAAUGGUAGUCGUUUUGGAAAAUAACCAGGCUAUAUACUGUAAAGUAGACCAGGUUGAGGAAAAAUAACUUUGUUUGAAAGCGUAGAGUGGAGGAAUGAGAGUAGAAUUGAUGUUUCAAGUACAAAAUAAAGUGACCGGCGGUAAACCUUGUGGAAAGCAAAAAACACAUUUGUUUUAACGCAAAAGAUAUGUCAUAUGAAUCAACUACCAUAAGUCAAACGAACCUCAUGUGAACGUACUUUUUAGGAGAAUUUUUGGACCACAUAUUUGUGGCGAUGCACUGGACAUUUUACCAAGUAAUAGUAACAUACUGACAGGAUCGUGGAGAAAAGACAACAGUGUUCAAAUUUGGGAUUUUAACAGUGGCGAAUUGAUAAGAGAUGUUCCCGAUGAUUUUAAUAGAUCUAUGGUAGGUUUUUGUUGUUGUGGUGGUGAUAAUGAUGAUGAUGGUGGUGAUGAUGAUGAUGAUGAUGAUGAUGGUGGUGGUGGUGGUGGUGGUGAUGAUGAUGGUGGUAAUCAUGAUGAUGGUGGUGGUAAUCAUGGUGGUGGUGAUAAUGAUGAUGGUGAUGAUGAUGAUGGUGGUGAUGAUGAUGGUGGUGGUGGUGAUGAUGAUGGUGGUGGUGGUGAUGAUGAUGGUGGUAAUGAUGAUGAUGAUGGUGGUAGUAAUGAUGGUGGUGAUAAUGAUGGUGGUGGUGAUUAUGGUGGUGGUAAUGAUGGUGAUGUUGGUGGUGAUGAUGAAAGUGAUGAAGAUGUGGUGAUGGUAAUUAUGAUGAUAAUGGUAGUUAUGGUAAGAAUGAUGCUGAUUGAUGAAUAUAUAAUCGAUAUUCCUCAUAUCUUUAUAUAGACAUACUGUACGCAGUGGUUACCUGAUGGUCAGAUUAUUGCUGGAGGAAGCGACAUGAACAUGUUGAGAAUGUUAGAACAAAGCUCAACCAGUACAGUGGUAAGACUUAUGAUUUAUCAUUCAAUAUAUAAAUUGUCAUAAAUAUGUACUUGGCUAAAUAGAUGCAGCCAUGCUGAUACCGAAUAAUAUAAACCAACAGUAUAAUAGAAUAAACAGUGUCCCAGAUUGGCUAAAGAUGCAUUUGCCAUACCACAUUUGUUACAUCAUUCUAUAGUCUAUACUGCUAUACAUUUAUACACUAUUACGAUGGAUGCGCUUAUAAUUGCAUUUCUGAGCUCGUAUUUACAGUAGAGGUAACAUUCUUUCUAUUGGUUAGAAUUUUUUCCUAUGAAAUUCUCCUUAUCUAAAUUGUUACAAAUAUCUCUUUCUUGGGACCAAUGGUCCCCGUGGUCCGAUACUUUGUCCACCCCUGGUUUAGCCUAUUGGUUCGUUUUUAGACAAUUGGUCGUAUGGUAGAUCUACCUCGCGCCGUGUACACGGUGGACAACGAUCGCUCUGGUCCUAAUCCAAGGAUUGCUGUUGGUUCUUCAAACAGUAUUUAUAUCGUACAACGCUCAUAGUGAGAGACUAAGAUGAGAAGUAUUUAAACUUUGUUGUAAUUGUGUCUUAACUUCCUGUGUGACAUGAUCGGUACGCGCAAAAACGCACAAGUUGUAACGAACCCGCGGCGGACUUGUAGCAAUGCUGUUCCAAUUAACAACUUGUCAGCAGGGUGUGUUCACACUGCUUGUUCCCAGCUUGUUGACAAGUUGUUGACAACUUGCUAUAUACAAGGUUGUUGAGCUCAACAAACUUAUUACAAGUUGUAUACAAGGUUGUUGAGCUCAACAAACUUGUUACAAGUUUUAUACAAGGUCGUUGAGCUCAACAGACUUGUUACAAGUUGUUUCAACAAAUUGUUAUCGUCCUGCAAUUGAAAAAAUUGUCAACAAGUUGUGAGUGCGACCUUGCAAGGAGGGGGGGGUUAGGGUAUAUAUUUAUCCGGCAACUUGAUAAAAUAACAGCAUUGUUACAACUUGUUGAAAAGCUUGCUACAAACCUGUUGCGGCGAACACAUCUUGUUGACAAGUUGUGAGAUUUUUACGUGUGUGCUUUUGUAAAGUAUACAUUGUUUCAUUAUCGGCAUUAUGUACACCAAAAAAUCAGUUAACCUUAAAAGUGAACUGGAAAUAAAGUGCUGUAUGAAUGUAGGAAAAACAAUAUGUAAUUACAAAAGUGUGUUAUUAAUAGAUGUUUAUUUGAGGUGGAGCCUUUACCUAAGUUAUUUUCAUGAAUGUAAAUAUGAAGUGUUU